AUGUGGGAUGAAAACAGUAUUGACUGUUGCCAGUGGUCAGGUGUAAGUUGUGAUGAGGAAGGUCAUGUGCUUGCUCUGGAGUUGGACGACGAAGCCAUUUCUGGCGGAAUUGAGAAGUUAAGCAGUCUCUUCCAUCUUCAAUAUCUUGAGAAGCUCAAUCUGGCUUAUUAUGGCCUAUACCCUGUUCCAAUACCAAGAGAAAUUUAUAAGCUGGCAAACUUGAUGUACCUGAAUUUGUCUCAUGCUAGUUUUAACGGGCAGAUUCCUAUGGAAUUGUCAAGAUUGAUCAAGUUAGAGAUUCUUGACCUUUCUGGAGGGGAAUUAAAGCUUGAGAGGUCAGAUCUGCAAACACUGGUAGGGAAUCUUGCAAAUCUUAGAGAACUUUACCUUGAUAGGGUGAAUAUUUCAUUGAAGGGGAGUGAGUGGUGCUCGGUGUUAUCUUCAUCUCUGCCUCAAUUGAGAGUCUUGUCGAUGAGAGACUGUAAAAUUUCCGGCCCUCUUGAUCCUGUCCUUUUAAAUCUUCGUUUCCUUUCAGUCAAUCGUCUCGAUUAUAACUACUUGUCCACUAUGGUUCCAGAUUUUCUGGCAGAUUUUACAAAAUUGACAAUCCUAAGUGUCAGAUGGUGUUACUUGUUUGGUCCAUUUCCCAGUAAAAUCUUUCAGGUACCAACUCUACAGCAACUUGAUUUAUCUGGAAAUGAAAACCUUACAGGCAAUUUACCUGAAUUUCCACAUAAAAGUGCAUUAAGGGAGGUAGUGCUUAGCUACACAGGAUUCACCGGUUCGCUUCCAGAUUCAAUUGCUAACCUUCGGAACUUGACCCAGCUUGAUUUAGGAAGUUGCAACUUCAGUGGAGAAAUUCCACCAAAAAUGGGAAAUCUCACAGAACUAGUUCAUCUAGACUUGUCAUUCAACAGUUUUACUGGCUCUAUCCCACUCUUUCAUAAGGCAAAAAAGCUCAAUCGCAUUGACCUUUCUAAUAACAAUGGUCCACUAUCUUCUGCUCAAACUCAAUUAGCACUUCUUCUUUCGCUGCCAUCAUUGCAGUUCCUUAGUGUUCAGAACAGUCAAUUAAGUGGAGAAAUCCAUGAAUUUCCUAAUGCAUCCUCCUCUGUUCUAGAAACACUUGAUUUGAGAAAUAGCCAUCUAAGUGGAUCGAUCCCCCGGUCAAUCUUUAAACUCAAUAGGCUUUCACAACUCUUCCUUUUCUCCAACUCCUUCAGUGGAACCAUUGAUAUCGAAGCGGUAAAGGGACUUCCUAGGCUUACCACCCUUGACCUUUCAAACAACAAAAUUGAAGGGGAAAUACCAAGUUGGGUUUGGACAGUUGGGAAUCUGAAUCUUUCUCACAAUCUUUUAGAGUCUCUAGAGAAACCUCACAAUUUGUCUACUACUUCUAUUGUCAUUGAUUUGAGUUCCAAUAAGGAUCAAGGGCGAUAUACCCAUUCUACCUACUUCUCUUACCUACUUUUCAAUUGCCAAUAA